UUGCAAACCAAUCCUCCCGCUGCAUCAGGAAUCGUUGGGAUAAAGUAAUGGGUUUGGGGUUUCCUUCAAACCCACCCGAAUCUCACUCUUUUCCUCCUUCACCUUCUCUUUCUUAUGUCAUCUUAUUGUAAUAACAGCUUUCUGCCUCUCUCUCUCUCUCUCUCUCUCUCUUAUAUAUAUACACAUACACAAGGGUGGAGAUACAAUCCAAUACGAGCAAAGCAAAUUCCAGGAUAACUGUAGAAAGGGUUUCAAUAUUGUACAGAAGAAGAGAUGGUGAUGGAGGGUCAGCAGGAAGUUGUUCUUUGUAAAGAUGAGUUGCAGAUCAUCAAAGGGAAGCGUACGAAGCGUCCGAGGCCUGUGUCCUCACUGACUUUAGCGAUAGCUUCAACCACAACGACUUCCACUGGCGGUGAAAGUAGAACAAGUAAUGAUGAUUCCAGCAUAACCACAGCUGUUGAGCCACCUGAAAGCUGUUGGGAAGAUGAAGAAAACAUGGCUUAUUGUUUAAUGCUUUUGGCUCAAGGUCAAACAAGGAAACCAUCGGAGCCAACAGGUAAGACGGCCGGGAUGAAUGUUCACCAGUGCAAGACAUGUAAUCGGUGCUUCCCGUCAUUCCAGGCGCUUGGCGGACAUAGAGCCAGCCACAAGAAACCCAAGCUUCAUAGUGAAGAAAACACUAAACGGUUGAAGUUAGUGAAAGAGGAUGAUGACAUGAAUACAACCCUUUCACUUCAAAUAACCAAUAAGGCUCCUGCUUUAUGCAACGGCACCAAAUCCAAAGUUCAUGAGUGUUCCAUAUGUGGGGCUGAGUUCUCUUCAGGACAAGCUCUUGGGGGUCACAUGAGGAGGCAUAGGACAUCUACUAACGCUACAACAACGGUUGGAACAAGCACCAGUGCUGAAACAGAAGAUCUGUCGUCCAACAAACCAACAACUGUGCUGCAAUUGGAUCUUAAUCUUCCUGCCCCGGAAGAUGAUCGUCACAAUGAAUCGAAUUUCCCAUUCACCCAAACCAUCAAUUUGUGUUAUUGUUAACAUUAAUUAUUUUCUCACUAAUUAUUCAUUCUUUGGAUUCUUUUGAAUUUAACCUUGUUUCCAUGUUAGUGAAGUUGAAAAAUUCAUUGGUUGAAGUAGGAUAGCUUUUGGCUUUUCAUGGCGGUAUUUGAUCCAUAUAGAGAGAGAAUUCUCGUAUUCUUUCCUUUUUUUGGGGGUUUUAAGAGACCUGUUUUUAUUCCUUUAUGAGUUGGAGAAGCAUGUGAAUAUGUGAUGAACCACCAAUCCCACAACCGAAAGUGGUGGAUUAGGUCCUCUUGUUUGGUUUGCAAGAAAGCUAUCUCCGUGUAUCUGUUCUGUUUCAUUAAUAUGAAAAAAAUAAAAUAAAAUGGAUGGCAACCGAGCCAGAUUGCUA